AUGGAGAAACUGCUACACAGCAAGAUAUGGUUUAGAGGCCCUGCAUGGUUGUCGGAGUCGGCGGAGUUAUGGCCCAGCGGCACGCACGAACCACAGGUGAACGAAGAGACUGUAGAAGCAGAACGGGUAAAGAUACAAGUGCUCUUCGUGGACACACACACUACUACUUCCAGCCUACUGUGGCUAGAGAACUACAGUAGUUGGUAUUUCGUGUUGAGGCUCACAGCAUGGAUUCGCCGCUUUGCAGACCGUUGCAGGCGAAAGAAGAGGCGGCAAGGGCCCCUAACUGCUAGUGAGGUGCAUGAGGCGGAGGUCCAUUGGGUUAAAGAGGCACAAAGGUCCGAGUACUACAAGGAGCUGCAGGAGCUCGCAGGUGGGGGCAUGGUGAGCCAGAAGUCUCCGAUCGCCCUCUUGCAGCCAGUUCUGGACCAGGAUGAUAUUUUAAGGAUCUCGGGACGGUUCCAGCACUCGACAUUGCCAACGGACGUAAGACAUCCGGUGCUCCUGCCGCACGGACACAGAGUCACCGAACUGAUCGUUGAGGCGGCUCAUCGACGGCUUCUCCACGGGGGUGUGCAAGACACCAUAACCGAAGUGCGAGAGCGAUAUUGGGUACAGCGAUGCCGGCAACUAGUCAAAAAAGUUCUCUUUCGAUGCAACGCAUGCAAACGACACCGGGUAAAGCCAGCGUCGGCACCUGUUGCACCACUGCCCAGCGAGCGGGUGACUGAGAACCGGCCAUUCCAAGUGGUUGGGAUAGAUUUCGCGGGACCGUUGAUCAUCACACCAGCAGGUGGAGGCAACAAGAAGUCUUACAUAGCGCUAUUUACAUGCGCAGUCACCCGUGCGGUGCACUUGGAACUAGCAUCGGAUAUGACGACUCAAAGUUUUCUCCUGGCGUUCAAACGUUUCACUUCCCGGCGAGGGCUUCCAUCGGUUAUCUACAGCGACAACGCCGCAACCUUCAAGAAGGCCGAGAAGCAAGUGUGGAAAGCACUGAAAGACCCAGCCUUCCAGGACCACCUCACCACCGUAGGAAUUAAUUGGAAAUAUAUCGUCGAACGCGCGCCCUGGUGGGGCGGUUUCUGGGAGCGACUGGUGAGAAGUGUCAAGACUACGCUAAGAAGGACGCUCAGGAGGAACUGCUUCAGCUUCGAGGAGCUCACCACUGUUUUACAUGGCGUAGAGGCAGUCAUCAACUCUCGCCCUCUGACGGCUGUGAACGAUACACCAGAAGACAGAGAGCCACUGACACCGGCCCACUUCCUGGUAGGGAAGCGGGUGACUUCUUUGCCACCUUUCGACAUCAACCUUCAGGGGCCGACCACAGACACGCGGGCGUACUGGAAGCUUCAGCAACAACUACUAGAUUGUUUUUGGAAACGUUGGAGAACUGAAUAUCUUCUGCAGCUGCGGUCCGCCCAUAGUGUCAAAUCCACCGGUGGAACGACACCGCUUCGCGUCGGGGACCUGGUCAUAGUGCACAAUGAAAAGCUGCCCCGGCACAUGUGGAGACAGGACUGGUUGUGGAGCUGUUUCCCGGAAGAGAUCGUAACGUCCGUGCGUGCGCUGUAA